CCUAAAGGAAGGGUCUCCUUCCACUCCCCCUCUCACACCUACACACACACACUCCCUCAGGCACACACACACACGCAGGAUGAGGGAAGCCUGGAGGUGCCUGCUGGGGCUUUGCCUCCUGGCAUGCUCCGCCUCUCCCGCCUCCCCUAACGGUGCUGCCAAUCCCUUCGCUGGGCAGCAGACACCCCCAGACCCAUGCUAUGAUGACGCGGGCGCUGCCCGCCGCUGUAUUCCCGAGUUCAUCAACGCCGCCUUUGGCAAGGAGGUGGCCGUGUCCAGCGUGUGCGGCCGGCCGACGCCAUCCCGCUCUUGUAGUGUGGUGGAGCGCGGUGAUGAGCGGCCCUCAGUGCGCACCUGCCAGAUCUGCGACGCGGCAGACCCGCGGCGUGCCCAUCCGCCCUCCUACCUCACUGACCUCAACUCGGCCCACAACCUCACCUGCUGGCAAUCGGAGAACCUGCACACCUCGCCGCACAACGUCACCCUCACCCUGUCGCUGGGCAAGAAGUUUGAGAUUACCUACGUCAGCCUGCAGUUCUGCUCGCCCCGCCCUGAGUCACUGGCCAUCUACAAGAGCAUGGACUAUGGCAAGAGCUGGACGCCUUACCAGUACUACUCGUCCCAGUGUCGGCGCAUGUACAACCGGCCCAACAAGGCGGCCAUCACCAAGCAGAACGAGCAGGAGGGCCUGUGCACCGAUGGUCACACCGACCUCUACCCCCUAUCCGGGGGGCUCAUUGCCUUCAGCACUCUGGACGGGCGGCCCUCCGGGAAGGACUUUGACAACAGCCCUGUGCUCCAGGACUGGGUGACAGUCACUGACAUCCGCGUAGUUUUCAGCCGGCCCCAGCUGCCACGUGAGCUAGGGGCAGGAGGAGUGGGGAUAGGCGGGGGUGGCCGGAUUGACGAAGACCCAAUGGUACCGUCCACGUCUCUGCCGGCAUACUUCUACGCGGUGGGGGACUUCCAGGUGGGCGGGAGGUGUAAGUGCAACGGGCACGCCUCACGCUGCCUCAAAGACAAGGAGGGCAAGCUGGUGUGCGACUGCAAGCACAACACGGAGGGGCCCGAGUGCGACCGCUGCAAGCCCUUCCACUACGACCGGCCAUGGCAAAGGGCCAGCGCCCGCGAGGCCAACGAGUGUCUACCGUGCAACUGCAACCUGCACGCCCGGCGCUGCCGCUUCAACAUGGAGCUGUACAAGUUGUCGGGGAGGAAGAGCGGAGGCGUGUGCAUGAACUGUCGCCACAACACGGCCGGACGCCACUGCCACUACUGCAAGGAGGGCUUCUACCGGGAUAUGGCCAGGCCCAUCACACACCGCCGUGCCUGCAAAGCCUGUGACUGCCACCCGGUGGGUGCGGCAGGUAAGACGUGUAACCAGACGACGGGCCAGUGCCCCUGUAAGGACGGCGUGACGGGCAUCACCUGCAACCGCUGUGCAAAGGGCUACCAACAGAGCCGCUCACCUGUGGCCCCCUGCAUCAAGAUCCCAGUGGUGAACCCUACAGCCAUGGUCAGCAGCAGCACAGAGGAACCGGCAGAUUGUGAAUCCUAUUGCAAACCAGUGAAAGGAAAUCUGAAGAUCAACAUGAAGAAAUACUGCAAGAAAGACUAUGCGGUGCAAGUCAACGUGCUGGACAUGGAGACGGUGGGCGACUGGGCCAAGUUCUCGGUCAACGUGGUCUCGGUCUACAAGAGCCGCGGCGAGCCGCUCAAACGGGGCGACAACGUGCUAUGGAUCCAUAUGAAGGACCUGGCCUGCAAGUGUCCCAAAAUCCAGAUGAGCAAGCGCUUCCUGGUGAUGGGCACCAGCGAGAACGGGCCGGGGGGCCCUGGGGCCGGGGGGCCCGGGGCUGGACCUGGGGCUGCUGCAGGAGCAGAGCGCGUAGGGCUCCUGGCCGAUAAGAACAGCCUGGUCAUCCAGUGGAGAGACGUAUGGACGCGGCGCCUCCGGAAGUUCCAGCGCAAAGAGAAGAAGGGCAAGUGCAGCAAAGCAUGA